UCCUUUCUUUUUCUUUCUUCUCUAAUUGGAGGUGUUUGGAGAUUGGAGAAUGCUGGAUAAUCCUCAACAGCAACACAGAGAUAUCAGAUCUGCCCAGGCAACCAAGCAAAGAAACAAACAAGAUCCUUUGCCGGAUCUGUUGUUUCAGUUUUCAGGCGUGGAUUAUUUGAGAACAAUCGGGUCUGUGAUCUGCUCCGGGGUCGAACAUGGCGACAGGGGGAAAAUAUACUAGAGUAGAUAAUAGGAGGCCGUCCUCCGGGAGUGGUUGCUGCUCCACCGUCACCGUUGUGGUGUUUGUGGCGUUGUGCUUGGUCGGGGUUUGGAUGAUGACCUCCUCCUCUGUAGUUCCCAUUCAGAAUGUGGAUGUGCCCACGGAGGAGAAUAAGAGUGAACUCAAGGAGCAGAGCAGCAAUAACGUCGGCGUCAAGGAACAAGCGAGUGACACCAAUGCCAGGCAAUUUGAAGAUAACCCGGGUGACUUACCCGACGACGCAACCAAAGGAGACAGCAGCGAUGGUGCUGCUCAGGGUGGAGACCAGCUACAAGGGAAGUCCGAAGAGAAGAGUGAGGAGAAGUUUGUGGAAAAGACUCAAGAGACACCUGAGGAGAAAACCCAAGACAAGAUCGAGGAGAAAAGUGAGGAAAAGAUUGAGGAGAAAUCUGAAGAUGGCGACUCUAAGGUGGAGAAUGGAGAAUUGAAUUCCGAAAAUGGAGAAAAAAAGAGCGAUGGCGGUGAAAAGGACAAGUCUGAUUCCGGUGAUAACGAGAAACAAUCGGAUCAUGACAGUGAUAAAAAAUUAGACAAGUCUGAAGAAACAAACGAUACAGUUAAGGCGAAUGGUGAGACAGAGGAGAAAGUGGAGGUAACUGAUACCAAGGAGUCAAAUGGGGAGAAAAAGGAAAAUGAGCAGGCCAAAAACCAGAGUUCAAAUGAGGUAUUUCCUUCCGUUGCUCAGUCGGAGCUAUUGAACGAGACUACAACUCAAAAUAGUUCGUGGUCAACUCAGUCGGCAGAGUCAAAGAAUGAGAAGGAAGCUCAGCGUGCUUCUGAUCAGAAGACCAGUUACAACUGGAAAGUCUGCAAUUCCACUGCCGGGCCGGAUUUCAUCCCCUGCCUUGACAAUUUGCAAGCCAUCAAGAGUCUUCGAAGUACCAAGCAUUACGAGCACCGGGAGAGGCAUUGUCCCGAGGAGGCCCCAACCUGCCUUGUUCCUCUUCCAGAAGGUUAUAGACGCCCAAUUGAGUGGCCAACAAGCAGGGAAAAGGUAUGGUACUACAAUGUACCCCAUACAAAGCUUGUUCAAAUUAAGGGGCAUCAGAAUUGGGUCAAAGUUACCGGUGAAUACCUUACUUUUCCCGGUGGUGGAACACAAUUCAAGCAUGGUGCUCUUCAUUAUAUUGAUUUCAUACAACAGUCUGUUCCUGAUAUUGCCUGGGGAAAACGUUCACGUGUCAUAUUAGAUGUUGGAUGUGGAGUUGCAAGCUUUGGAGGCUUUCUUUUUGACAGAGAUGUCCUUGCAAUGUCAUUGGCCCCAAAAGAUGAGCAUGAAGCUCAAGUACAGUUUGCACUUGAAAGAGGAAUUCCUGCCAUAUCUGCUGUGAUGGGCACAAAGAGACUUCCCUUCCCCGGCCAAGUUUUUGAUGUUGUCCACUGUGCCCGCUGCAGGGUUCCUUGGCAUAUAGAAGGUGGUAAGCUUCUAUUGGAGCUGAACCGAGUGUUGAGACCUGGUGGUUUCUUUGUAUGGUCUGCUACUCCAGUGUAUAAGAAGCUGGGUGAAGAUGUUGAAAUAUGGAAUGCCAUGAAGGAACUAACCAAAUCAAUAUGCUGGGAACUGGUGUCAAUUAGUAAGGAUACAGUAAAUGGAGUUGGUAUUGCUAUAUACAAAAAGCCUACUUCGAAUGAGUGCUAUGAGAAAAGAUCACAGAACGAGCCUCCUAUCUGUGCUAAGUCUGAUGAUCCAAAUGCUGCCUGGAAUGUGCCAUUACAAGCAUGCAUCCACAAAGUGCCUGUAAAUGCAACAAAACGUGGGUCUGAAUGGCCUGAGCAAUGGCCGGCGAGGUUGGACAAGGCACCUUACUGGUUGUUAAGGUCCCAAGUUGGUGUUUAUGGAAAACCUGCUCCCGAGGAUUUCACUUCAGACAAUGAGCACUGGAAACGUGUGGUGACAAAGUCAUAUCUGAAUGGAAUGGGGAUUAACUGGAAAUCUGUUCGGAAUGUUAUGGACAUGAGAGCUGUGUACGGAGGAUUUGCUGCCGCUUUGAAAGAUUUGAAAAUUUGGGUCAUGAAUGUGGUCUCAGUAGACUCUCCAGACACACUACCCAUAAUUUACGAGCGAGGUCUGUUUGGUAUGUAUCAUGAUUGGUGUGAGUCAUUUAACACCUAUCCAAGGUCUUAUGAUCUUCUCCAUGCCGACCAUCUGUUUUCCAAGCUUAAGAAGAGGUGCAAUUUAGUGGCUGUAGUUGCGGAGGUUGAUCGAAUCCUUCGACCAGAGGGAAAGCUUAUCGUGCGAGACGAUGUUGAGACUAUUUACGAGCUGGAGAACAUGGCGAGGUCGAUGCAGUGGGAGGUUAGCCUGACGUAUUCAAAGGACAAGGAGGGAUUGCUUUGUGUGCAGAAGUCCAUGUGGCGGCCUGAAGAGUCGGAGUCACUCAAGUAUGCAAUUGCUUAAGCUUGGUGGUCGGAAGUGUGGUCGGAAGUGGCUGCUGGCGUUGCUGAGGAUAUAAUAGUUACACAUUCAUUUUUUGUUUUGGUUGCUAAUUGAAAUUCAUGGUUACUGUACUUUAUGAUGUAUUGGCCUUUUGUUUCGUUUUAGUUAGGGCUUGUAGUCUGUUAUUUUUUUUUUUUUUUUGUUUACAAUAUUUUGUUUUCGUUGUCGGGAGAUCGGUGUUUGGAAUUCCACUGUAAUAUUACCGUACUGGUUAUUGACGGAAGAAAAACCAAACUAUUGGUUGAUAUAAUAUCUGAGCAUUUCGAUUC